AUGCCAGUGCUGGGAGUAUUUGUGGAGAUGCACAUGGAAGAUCAUGGGAUUAUCAUAACUCCCACGGGCCAGCAGGUGCAUAAACCUUUGAAGCUCUCUUAUUGGUCUUUGGUUCUCAUACCAAGGAUAUAUGUAGAAAGAGCAGACAAAGGCGGUGACCAUGGUGGUGAUCCAGAUUCAAAAAAGCAACUUUCGACUUCGAACGCAAACAAGUGGUUAGACAAAAUGGCCUUGUUUCGCAAAUUGUUCUACCGCAAGCCUCCAGUUGGUUUGCUCGAGAUAUGCGACAGAGUUUACGUGUUUGACUGCUGCUUCUCCUCCAAUUCUUUGGAAAAGGAAGACUACAAAGUCUAUAUCGCGGGAGUAGUCAGUCAGCUACGGGAGCACUUCCCUGACGCAUCCUCUCUCGUGUUUAAUUUCCGUGAAGUUGGUACUCCAAGUGUGAUCGAUGAUGUCUUGUCCGAACAUGAUUUGACCAUCAUGGAUUAUCCUCGCCACCACGAAGGCUGCUCACUGUUGCCUGUGGAAAUGAUGCACCAUUUCCUCCGGUCAAGUGAAAGCUGGCUCUCCCUCGGCCCAAGCAACCUCUUGCUAAUGCACUGUGAACGCGGGGCGUGGCCAGUUUUAGCGUUCACGCUAGCUGCUCUCCUUAUUUACCAGAAGCAGUACACUGGUGAGUACAAGACCUUGGACAUGAUGUACAAGCAGGCUCCCCGGGAGCUUCUGCAUUUGUUCUCACCGUUGAAUCCGAUUCCUUCUCAGCUACGGUAUCUCAAGUACGUGUCGGGAAGGCAUUUGUUCUCUGAAUGGCCUCCACUGGAUAGAGCUCUCACCAUGGAUUGUGUUAUUUUGAGAUUUAUUCCUGAUGUUGGUGGACAAGGAGGCUGCCGCCCAAUCUUCCGAGUAUAUGGUCAGGAUCCGAAUUUUGUAGAUGAUAGAAAGUCUAAGCUUUUGUACUUGACCCCCAAGAAAGGGAAACACUUGAGGAUCUACAACCAGGCAGAAUGUGAACUAGUAAAGAUUGACAUCAAUUGUCAUGUGCAAGGGGAUAUCGUGAUUGAGUGCCUCAGUUUGAACGAUGACAUGGAAAGAGAGGCGAUGCUGUUUCGAGUGGCUUUCAACACAGCUUUCGUCAGAUCAAACAAUCUGAUACUUAAUCAUGACGAGGUUGACACAUUAUGGCAUCUAAAAGAACAAUUCCCAAAAGGGUUUAAAGUUGAGCUUCUUUUCUCGGAUAUGGUUGCUGCUGAGUUGAUGGAUUUAGCUAUUGCAAACACCACCACUCAGGAUGCACCAGAGUUGUUAGGCCAAGAGUCCCCUUCUGCAACAGUUAAACCUCUUGUUGAAAAUUAUGAUCAGGAGAAUAUUCUGAAGAGUCCUUCUCAAGAAAGCAAUGGGAAAAGUGUUUCAUUGUUGUCGCCACCACCUCAUCCAGUAAGAAUAUUGUUGCCUCCCUCACCUUCUCCGCUUCCAAUUGUUGCUUCUCAAACUUCAGAGAAACUACAGCAUUUUGUAGUCCAGCCGGUAGAGACUCUUUCGCAGGGAAAUUCAUGGGUGUCAUUAGCUGGCUCUACAUUAUAUCGAACAACUCCAAACGAAAAACUUCCCAUGACACUACCUACAACAUCUCCCCCUCUUCUUCCUGCAUCCCAUGAAUCUCUUCAGGAGUUUUCUAAAACAACAAAUUCAUCGUCUGUUCUGCCAUCACCUGCAUUAUCAAUAACUCUUGCCAAACCAUCCCAAACUGAGACAUUAGGUUCCUUUUCUCCUCUUACUCCACCUCUGACAGGAGCUCUUGGAAAUCCGGUGAGAUCACCUCCUUCAGUGUCUAACUCACACAGAACAGAUGCGUUGCCUCCACCACCACCUCCUCCAGUGCAGCAUUCAAACCAGAACACAGUCACUAGACCACCACCUCCUCCUCCUCCUCCUCCCCCUACACCUCCAGUGUCUAACUCACACAGAACAGAUGCGGUUCCUCGACCACCACCUCCUCCAGUGCAGCAUUCAAACCAGAACACAGUCACUAGACCACCACCUCCUCCUCCUCCUCCUCCCCCUACACCUCCAGUGUCUAACUCACACAGAACAGAUGCGGUUCCUCGACCACCACCUCCUCCAGUGCAGCAUUCAAACCAGAACACAGUCACUAGACCACCACCUCCUCCUCCUCCUCCUCCCCCUACACCUCCAGUGUCUAACUCACACAGAACAGAUGCGGUUCCUCGACCACCACCUCCUCCACCUCCUCCCCCUACUCCUCCUCCAGUGCAGCAUUCAAACCAGAACACAGUCACUAGACCACCACCACCUCCCCCUCCUCCUCCUCCAGUGCAGCAUUCAAACCAGAACACAGUCGCUAGACCACCACCACCUCCCCCUCCUCCUCCUCCAAUGCAGCUUUCAAACCAGAACACAGUCGCUAGACCACCACCUCUUAUUCCACCACCACCCCCAGCACCAGCUAUCCAUGCAUCUCCAACCCCUCCUCCUCCCCCAGCUCCUCCAACACCACAAUCUCAUGGAAACUCUGCCACUAAAAUUUCACCUCCAACACCUCCACGGCUUCCUACCUCUUCUGCCUCUCCUCGCCCUCCAACCGGACCACCUCCACCACCAGUAGGACUGGAUAGGAAACUGCCAGUACGCCCCACUCCGAAACCUGUGGUGGCAACCGUUAAGUUGAAGCCAUUCUACUGGUUGAAACUGACAAAAGCUGUCACUGGGAGUGGGAGCAUAUGGGAUGAAACACCAAUGUCUGGUGGUGCCUUUAAGGCUCCUGACAUUAACAGGGCACAGCUUCAAAUCUGUUUCACCGCAGUUGAUCCAGUGCGGCCAGUAAUUAAGAAGCCAGUUGAAGUCAAGAAGAUAAUCCGACUGAUAGAUGGCAAGCGAGCACAAAAUUGUGAAAUCAUGCUUUCAAAUGUGAAAGUACCUUUGCAGGAUUUGAUGAACUCAGUGCUUAACCUUGAUGAAUCGGCUCUUGAUGCUGAUAAGGUUGAGAACCUAAAUAAGUUUUGCCCAACAACAGAUGAAAUGUCAAAACUAAAGGCUUACGAUGGUGACAAGAACAUGCUUGGAAAAUGCGAACUGUUCUUCUUAGAGAUGAUGAAAGUCCCACGUGUAGACAAAAAGCUGAGAGCAUUCUCAUUCAAAAUUCAGUUUUCUUCUCAGAUUUCUCAACUCAGGGAUAGUCUAAAUGUUGUGCACUCCACAGCAGAACAGAUAAAGAAUUCUGAAAAACUCAAAAGAAUAAUGCAGACAGUUUUGGCCAUUGGGAACGCUCUAAACCAGGGGACGAAUAGAGGUAAUGCUGUUGGGUUUAAACUGGACAGUCUGCCAAAACUCAGUGAAACACGGUCGAGUAAUUUCCAUAAGAAUCUGAUGCAUUACCUAUGCUGGAUUCUUUCCGAGGAAAUUCCAGAAGUUUUAGAUUUCUCAGAAGAUCUAUUCUCACUGGAGCCCGCAACAAAGAUUCAACUCAAGUUUUUGGCUGAUGAGAUGCAAGCUAUAAACAAGGGACUGGGGAAUGUUGUAGAGGAACUCUCCUCGUCCGAGGAAGAUGGCCCAAUCUCAAGCAACUUUAACAAGAUAGUGAAGGAAUUUCUUCAUCAUGCAGAGGCAGAAGUAAGGUCCUUGGCUUCUUUCUUUGCGGAAGUGGGAAGAAACGUGGACGGCUUAAUUCGCUACUUUGGUGAAGACCCUGCUAAGUGCCAUUUUGAAAAAGUGGUGUCGACUCUUUUAAGUUUUGUAAGACUGUUCAAUCGUGCGCAUGAAGAAAACAGAAAACAAGUCGAGGCGGAAGCUAAGAAGAACGCUGAAAAGGAGAAAACGGAAACAAUGUGA